ACCCCUCUCUCUCUCUCUUUUCUUUUCCACACUCCUCUUUUUCUUCUUGUUUUCAUAGCUUAUACACACAAUGUCAUUUCCUCAGCUUGCUGGUGGUGCAGGCGGAGCUGAUUGUGGUCCUGUCAACCCCAUGGCUAACUUAAUGAAGCAGUUCCAACAGGAUCGCUCUUUGCAACAAGAUCGCAUGGGGGAUCAACGAGGUGAAAGCUCAAAGGCACCUGCUUUUCGAAGCCGUGGCAACCGGACAAUGCCUAUGGAUAGACAGUUUACCGAAGAGUUUCUGCGAGAUGAUAUGGCGGGGCCAAUGGAACGCCCUCCUGGCGCCUUUGAACUCGGCGGAUUGUCUCGAGAGCUGGAGGCGAUCCAGCAACCGCACGACAGCUGGGCGGCCGACUUUAACCGGCAAUCGCAUACUAUGGGUCCACCACCUGACCAACACUUUGAAGAUUUCGAAAAGAUUUAUCAGCAGAAUCGCAUGGCGGGUUCAUCCCAACAGCAACCACACCAAUGGCAUGACGAAUUUGCUGGGUUCCAACAAAAUCCACAUCAACAGCAACUGACACAUACCGAGCGACAGGCAUUCGAACGAGCCUUUGAUGAAGCCAAACAGGGCGCUCAAGUCAAUUGGGAUCAAGAGUUUGCUGCUCAAGAAUCGACAUCCUGGGCCAAUGAGUUUGCAGAAAAGGAGGGUAUCACAGAGCCAGUGACCACGGAUGGCGACAAGGAAGCAUUAGCACGGACGGCUGGCAUGUUGUUGGAUACGGUGGAUGCAGAAAACAAUCCAAAGUUCAAAAAUUCGAGCUUCAUGUCGUUAAUGCGAAGUCUUCGAGACCGCAAAGUCCAGAUUGAAGGCAACAAGAUGGUGCCUACAGAAGGCAACCAAGGAGGAGACUGGGCAUCUGAAUUUGGUCAUGGUCCGUCUUCGUCGUGGUCUGAAGACUUUGCCAAAAUGUCUGGCAAGGCAUCAAGUGGCAACAUGUGGAGUAGUGAAUUUGCAGCCAAGGCAGAGCGUGGUUGGUCGGAAGAAUUUGCUGGUGGUAGUAGCGCCAUGCGACCGAUGGGUCCUAUGGGAGCUGCACCACAAACAAUGGGAGGCAGUGCAGGCUGGGCAGCGCAGUUCAGCCAACACAGCGGCCAACAGCAGGAGAAAGAUAAUAUGACAGAGGCAGAGAUGCAAAAGGUGUUUGAAAGGGGUAGUGAGAUGGAAGAUUGGGUUCAACAAUACCAACAAAACAUUGCCCAUCUGAAAAAUUCACAGGAUGCGGAAUGGGACAAUAUGCAAAAGGAUUGGGAGAGGCUGACGCCACAGGAAAAUGGCAUGGGCUAUCGAGCUGUCAACCCCGAGUACGACACGUACAACUUUGCUACCGACAAUCACUAUUUGCUGAAUCCAUCCGCGAUUGACCGAACACAGCACAAUACCCUCGCCGACUCAAUCAUGGCCCUCGAAGCCAAGGCUCAGCUGGCAACAUCCGACGCCUCGGCAUGGCAGGAACUCGGUUUCAAGCAGCAAGAGAACGAACGCGACGGAGCAGCCAUUGCAGCCUUACGACGUGCAGUUUCGAUGGAUCCCGGCUUAUUGGAUGGAUGGCUCGCGCUGGCAGUGAGCUACACCAACGAAAACUGUCGAUUGGACGCCUAUGAUGCUCUGGAGCAAUGGGUCACCAACAACGACAAGUACAAGCACCUUGUCGGCUCUGGAAAGACGCCCAUGCAGCACAACCGCCACGGAUAUAUCACAAACUUAUUUUUGGAAGCCGCACGGAGCUCGCCCGGUGCCGAGAUGGAUGCGGAUGUGCAAGUCGGUUUGGGUAUCCUGUUUAAUGUGUCUGAAGAAUUUGCAAAGGCAAUCGAUUGCUUCAAGGCAGCAUUGCAGAGUCGACCGCAAGAUUACUUGCUGUGGAACAAAUUGGGUGCCACUCUCGCCAAUUCGCGCGAUCCUACCGGUGCUAUCGACGCUUAUUUCAAUGCACUCGAAAUUAAUCCGUCCUAUGUUCGCGCACGCUAUAACCUGGCUAUCAGCUGUAUCAACUUGGGGCAACAUCGUGAGGCAGCUGAGCAUUUAUUGACAGCGUUGGCAAUACAGCAGACGGUUGAUGCAGCACAAGGCGCAUCCGUAUUGGUGGACGAGCAAGGCAACAAUGUGCCCGUACAGGGUGGCAUGAGCGACAAUGUCUGGGAUAGCUUGCGCAUGCUCAUGUUCAUGAUGAACCGCGAAGAUCUCGCUAGCCAGUGUGACAAGCGUAACCUGAAUGUCUUUCGAGCAGAAUUUGACUUCUAAACAACCAGCAAAUAACAGUACUAUCAUAGAGCAACAACAACAAGUACAAUACUCUCAAAUUUUAAAAGUUGCAUCUCAUACCUCAAAACUAUGGACUACACCCAAAUCAACAUGGUGCGUCUUUCCUCACGAGUUUAUAUGAACGAUACUCUCUUUCUUCACUCCCCCCUCCAGCCCACCCUCGUAUCAUAAAAAUUUGUAUAAAUAGUUGAUUUUCUCUUUCUUUUUUGUUAUUGUUUUCCUUCUCCUAUAUCUUAGCAUCCUCAUUUACUUUUUUAUUACUAUUAUUAAGAAAGCUUUUACGCAAUG